AUGGGCCUGCGCGACAUUCGCAGCCUGAACCGGCACAACGCCGAGACGUUUCAACGGGCGCCGGUCGCCGAGAUCUCGGGAGCGCUGGGCGACUUGGGCACUUUGCUCCCGCUGAUGAUCGCUCUUGCGCUUCAAGGAUCUAUUUCGCUCUCGACGACCUUGGUGUUUUCCGGCUUCUACAAUGUCGCUACCGGGGUUGUAUUUGGGAUCCCGCUGCCAGUGCAGCCCAUGAAGGCCAUCGCAGCGGCUGCCAUAGCAUCGCAUUCCUCCCUGCGCACCACCGUCGCCGCCGGUGCUCUGGUCGGCGCAGCGGUCCUCAUCCUAAGUGUGACCGGACUGAUCCGCUGGCUCACGAGGCACAUCCCCAUCCCGGUAGUCAAGGGCAUCCAGUUCGGCGCCGGCUUGUCACUCAUCAUAUCGGCCGGCUCUUCACUCCUGCGGCCCCUCGGCUGGGUCGUCUCGCCCUUCGACAACCGCUUGUGGGCGCUUGCUGCCUUUCUGGCACUGAUCAUCACGGCCCGUCUCCCACGCUUCCCCUAUGCGCUUCUCAUGUUCCUUGUCGGCCUCAUCCUGGCUGUUGCGCAUAUCCUCACCCACCACCAUCACCAUACUCACCUGCCAUGGUUCUCGGUGUGGCAUCCCUUCGCGCUGGUCCCGCGAUUUAGCUCUGGCGACGCUUGGGGCAUGGCCUUAGCACAAUUGCCCUUGACGACGCUCAACUCGGUCAUUGCCGCCAGCGCGCUGGCAGGCGAUCUGAUGCCUGAACUCCCGGCACCGAGCGUCACGGAGCUCGGAAUCAGUGUUGCUGGGAUGAAUCUCCUGGGAUGCUGGUUCGGUGCAAUGCCAGUCUGCCAUGGUGCCGGCGGCCUGGCUGCACAGUUCCGCUUCGGUGCCCGCAGCGGUGCCAGCAUCAUCCUGCUCGGGCUGUUCAAGAUUGUUCUCGGCGUGGUGUUUGGCGAGACGCUGCUCGAUCUGGUUCGCCACUUCCCGCACAGCAUCCUGGGCAUCAUGGUGAUUGCCGCCGGCCUGGAGCUGGCCAAGGUUGGCCAGAGCCUGAACCACGGCGCGGCGGAUCUGUGGGAGGCAGCGAUAGACGAGGGGGACAAUGGCCACGCCUCGAGCAGCCUGGCGAACAUGAUCAGGAAGCACAGAGACCUGUCGGAUGACGAGAGGCUGGAGCGGUGGACCGUGAUGCUCAUGACGACGGCGGGGAUCCUCGCUUUCAAGAACGAUGCCGUCGGCUUCGCCGCGGGUAUGCUGUGUCACGGGGCGUACGAGAUUUCUCAUAUCAUCGAGCGGAGGCGAACGGGCCACACACACCAUGGGAUUGGGGAAUCGGAGCCUCUACUGCACUAA